GCAUGGUGAGAGAACAGUAGAACUACUGAGAAGUUUGAGUGUCAAAAUAGUUGGGAAAUAUCUCCAGAUGUAGAGGCUGCGGGUGUUAUGUAAUGGAAGAUGUUAAAAAAACAGAGCGAAAUAGUUUUGUUUUUUAAUAACAGAACUCAAGAGGCUAGGUUGUCUCCUUCUGUGAUGAAACCGUGGACUUCCGGCCCACAUGUAUCCACGGUGACCCGAGAUAACAGCGUCCGGGCUCCGUGUCCUCUCCGGCUGCAAGUAUCGGGGCACCUUUGAACCACUCCCCCUGUAACUGAGUUGCACUCCGGCUGCAGCUGACCCACCAUGGCCACGUCUCCCGUCAAAGACUUCCUGGUUACCUAUUUAAUGCCAGAGAAAUGUUACGAGAGAAUUUUCGUCAGCUUCCAGUUUAACGCACCUUGCCUAAAGUUUAUACUGAACAGAAUUGCUGGAUUUUGGAUCAUACUGGACACUUUCCUGGCACAGCUCCCUCAGCUGUUGAAGAUCCUAUGGAGAGGAAGUGCAGAAGGCCUGAGUCUGACCUCCGCUCUCCUGCAGCUUUAUGCCUUUUCAUGUCCUGUUGUGUACGCUGUGGCCAACCACUUCCCACCCUUUGCCUGGGGUGAGAGGCUCAUCACGUUGGUCCAGACCGCAGCCAUCGUCUUCCUCAUCCUGCAUUAUCGUGGUGAAACCCUCAAAGGAGCGCUGUUCCUCUUGGCUUAUGGGGCCGUCAUGUUCCUUUUGGGCUCCUACGCAGCUGCAGCAGUUGCCUCAGUGAUGCAGGCCUCCAGUCUGGCAGCUUUAAUUGCAAGCAAGGGUCUCCAGGCUGGAACCAACUACAAAAACGGCCACACAGGACAGCUGUCCACUCUGUCUGUGUUACUGUCGUUGGCAGGAUCGCUGGGAGUUUUCUUUGUGUCUCUACAGGAGGCAGGAAGCUCAUUUGACACUCUGUCACACACACUGUCAACCGGUCUCAGCUGCGUCCUUCUGGCCCAGGUCCUCUGUUACAGGAGCAGCGCCACCACUAAGAAGAAGAGUGAGUAGGGGUGGAGGACAAUGACAAAUUAAGACUCAUAUCAGACGUGAACCCUUCCUGUCAUUCAGGAAAUGUUUGUGACUCAAGAACUCAAAUACAGCACAGAAGUAGCAGUAAAUGUUUACAAUGUCCUUUUGUAUAAAGACGCCCAUGUGCGACACUCAGAUCUACUUUAAAAGGAGUCAUGAGAACUCUCAUUGUCAUGCUAUGUAAUCAUUUUAUACAAUAAAAAUGUAUUUCUGCAGUACGUUUCCUCAGUUAUUAUUAUUAAAGAGUCCAUUCUUAGGUGUUGCAAAUUUGGGUUCACUAAAAUGUUCAGUUGCAGCUCUUAAUCAAAAAGGUUCAAACUGACUGGCCAUCUAUGUCUAGGUUCAGAGUAAGGCAAGUAAGUCUUCACACAUUAUCACAAGAA